AUGUCAAAUCUCCAAUGGGACCUCAUAAGGGGUUAUCAUGCGUCAGCUUCAAGCUCUCAAAAUAGUGCUGGCUCGGAGGUUUCGGAUGUGGUGAGAAAUCUCUUCGACCAAUUACUAGACGCCGACUUUAAAUCCGUCCUCACUUCUCCCUCCGCCGUCGAUAUCCUCAACGACCCAAGUCUCUUGGAAGGUCUAUCAACUCAAUCUUCCGAGUCUACCAGUUCCAUCAUCACGGGUAAUGUCAAUGAUGACAUCGACAAUGGCGUUUACCAAUCGCAUGAUUCAAACGACAUCAAAACACUUAUCAUAGCCAUAGCUCUUUUACAUUCUUUCAUUCAAAUCAACUGGACAGGUCCAUCUCUCUCUUUCACACCUCUAGACUUCCUCACAUCUCUCUCAAUCUCACUUCAAGAUCUCAAUUCUUCCGCUUUACCUUUCCUAACACUAAACGGUGAACCGGCAUAUCAUCUCGUCUCUGAACCUAUCCUCCUCGUUCUUUCUCUCCGUCUUCUCAAACGAUUGCAAAUCGAAUCAACGUUGGAAAGUAUAUCAUGGUGGAUACUACGUGCGCAUAUGGUACACCAAUCUUUACUAGAUGAAAAAGUCCCAUUAUCAUCUGACAAGUUAAAGGCAGUACAGAAUAUGGAAUUACCUGAUGAUCAAGAUUUGAGAAGUAUGAGGGAAUUGGAAAUUGGGUUAUACUUUCAUUCACUGGGACAAGAUAAAUUGGCCAAUACGGCUUUUUUGAAAGCUGCGAAGGAGAGUGGGUUGGAGUUUGAAUUGACAGGAGCUUUGGGGAAAAGAACGAAAUACCAAGUGGAGGAGCAUUCUCAAUUGGUUUUACUCGCUCAGUCCAGAUUUCGUCCGGAUGAUUCGUCGGGUAUCUCUUCCACCUCAAACACCAUGGACGACAAGGAAACAAAGGAUAGAAGUAAAGACCAAGUCUCAAAUAACCUACCACAAACGUUACCACUCAACGAUGACACUCUUCUGGAAGAAACACAAUUCACCAAAUCUACUCAACUAUGUUCUUCAUCCACCAAUUCUAAACUUUCUCACCUUGAUCCUACUUCUCAACCCCCACUUCAUCCACUCGAUCAAUCCCUACUCCUCUCACUUUGUUUAUCGCAACAUAAUUCCUCUCCUUCCCACGGUUUGACCUCUUCUCAAAUGAUGCCUUUCAUUACCCGAGUUAUCUCACAUCCAGAUAGUUGGUCAGUUCACACUACCGCUCUUCUCCUUCGAUCACGUUUAGAAUCUAAUCGUUCACGUACUGUCGAACGUUCCGCACUUCAAUUAGCCGCAUUAAUCGAUCAGAUGCCAAGUACAGAUUCCACACCUUCUGAACGACUGAGAUGGUUUCAUCACCUACCCUUACCUAGUAAAUGGGAAAUGGAACGUGAAUUAGCAAGACGAUAUUUAUCUUUAGGAGUUAUGAGAUCCGCUUUAGAUAUCUUCACAAGAUUGGAAUUAUGGGAAGACGCAGUUUUAUGUUUGCAAAAGAUGGAAUGUGAAAAAGAAGCUAUUUCAAUAGUGAAAGAUUUACUACAAGGUAAUAAAGUAGAAUCUGAUUUGAUUCAAACUCUUGGAUCUUCAAGGAUAUCAGAAAGAGGGAAAGAAAAAUUAGGUACAGCAAGAGAAGCUAGACUUUGGUGUUUAUUAGGAGAUUUAGCAUUAUCUUCUGAACAAUCUACAAGAAAUCCAAAUGAAACGAAAAGACAAGCUAUGGAUAUGUAUUGGAAAGCAUGGGAAAUAUCCAAUAAAACUUCUUCUAGAGCAAUGAGAUCUUUGGCAAGUUUGAAAGUUUCACUAGAGGAUUAUGAAGGAUCUAUCGAAUGUUUUAAAUUCGCUUUGGAAAUAAACCCUCUUUAUUCUAGAAGUUGGUUCACUUUAGGUUUUUGUUAUAUGAAGCUGGAACGUUGGGAAGAAGCUAGAGACGCUUUUCAAAGAGGUGUAGGAGUGGAUGAAGAUGAUGCGGAAGGAUGGAAUAAUCUCGCCGCUGUUUAUUUACGUUUGGCAGAUCGAUCAUUGUUAUCUUCUUCUUCUACUUCUUCCUCCUCUUCUUCGUCGAGUACUUCAACAAUAGAAGAAGAAGAUUCAUCUUCGAAACUCCCAACAGCGAUGGAAUACAAACUUCUUGCUUUCCGCGCCCUCCGUCAAGGUCUUAAAGCAUCACCUACAAAUUGGAGAAUGUGGCAGAAUUAUAUGUUUUUAGCUCUUUCGGUCGGGGAAUUGGUAGAAGCUUGUAGAGCUAUGAUGAGGUUGGUAGAGGAUUUCGGUGGAAAGGAUCCUAUCAGGAUGGUAGAUUUUGAUGUUUUGGAUAAAUUGGUGGAUGCGUCUCAGAAACUCAAUACAAUUCCCGAAGACGACGUCGCACAAUCUACUAAACCAGAAGUCGAUUCAUCUGAACUAAAAGAGAACUUCACAUACGGAUUAGAAUACACUUUAUCAUUAUUAUUCUCUCAAACUCUCUUACCUCGCAUUACUGAUUCUUCCCAUAUCUACAAAUCCCAUUCUCGAUUCUUAGUCUAUCAAAAGAAAUAUGAUCAAGCUGUAGAAUCUUCUUUGAGAGCUUAUAAAUGCGGUGUGACGUCGAAUAGGGAAGUAGAGGUGGAUAUUGAGAAAUGGAAAGAAGGGGUUAAAGAUGUGAUUGAAAUUGUAGAGACGGUAAGGGUUGAAAGAGGGGAGAUGAUUAAUUGGAAAUUAACUGCGAGAAAUAUAAUUAGGACGUUUAUGGCAAGAACGAAAGUAUUUAACGAUGAACCGGAGAUGGAACAACUUCGUCAACUUGUUCAAGAUAUCAAACAACUAUGA